CAACAGUAUUAAGCAUUCUUCGUUAAAUUAAACUGUGCGAUUUUAUGCACUUUCACGUUUUAGAAUAGCUUUACUUUGAAUUGAUUUAUUUUUAGCGGGAUUUCUAAACAUUGCUUGUUUGCAAUAUGGCGAAUCAUAUCAAAAACAUUAGGAGACGAAGUAGUAUGUUCAAACCUGUUAUUCAGGCAGAAACGGAUUAUUCAUAUGUUUUCCUAUUCGAUAGACGGAAAGGAAAUGAACCAGAGAAACACAUCUCACUUGAAGGAUUGUCUAGCUUUAACCUCUUUAAAGAAAAGGUGGAGAAGGUUUUUGGGCUCAAGGCAAACGAACAAUUUGUGAUAGCAACGACGGAAAGGGCAGAAGUAAAUGAUGACGAAUCUUACGGGCAGCACGUCGGGCGACGGCGCGACGCUGUCCUGCUGCGUAGCGCGCCUGGCCAGGCAGCUGGCUGGCUGCUUGACUAAUACGGGCGAGGACGCCGUCGAGUACACGCCCACUACGACACGCUCGUCAAGAGGCGUCUACGAGUACUACGCAUCCGAGGGACACAAACCGUCACUACGAUACG